AGUUUCAAGUCGAAGCUUCAAAAAGCAUUUUAAAUUAUCCCGCUUUUUUCGUAAGUUGCAUAUCAACCAAUCAGCGAAUAGUAAUGAAGGAACAUUUGAUUUUUCGAAUAGCGCCAUCUACAAAAGUGACAGUUGCUACUUGCUGCGUGUUUGUUAUUGUUUUCUUUAUUUUGUUUUUCUCUUGAUUUGAAAAGAAAUUCUAAAAAUUAAAAGUAAAAAGUUUAUUUUGAAUUAUUCGAAGUGAACCAAUCUUUUUAAUAAACCGACUUUAUUGUUUAAGUGUUUCAAAACAAAGGAGUAUUUUCUAAUUACACCGUUUUGAGUGUUUUUGAAGUGUCAUUUGAUCUGAUCUAUCUUUUUAAGAAAACAGUAGAAAAAAAUUGACGGGGACACUAAUAUUAUAAUUUGGAGAAACAACACGUAAUGUUAUCUUCAAUUUCAAUCGCGAUUGAAAAAAUUGAAUUGUUCAACAAUUAUCAAAAUUCGUUUAUUUUGAUUAUUUAAUUCUAACCUAGAAAUGUUAUUAUUUAUACUUUUCUCUGUAAAGUUUAUUUUAUUUGUUUGCGCUUUUAAUGGAGAUUCGCAGAUUAAAGAGUUAGGAGAAGAACAAUAUUAUCUCAUAAAAGCAAAAUCAACUUUACCACAACAUGGCAAGUGCUGGCAUGAAGCAUUAAAGGCAAUAAAAGGAAAUUGUGAGAAAUUAAAUGAUCAUGAACACUCUAUAUUAGCUCUUUACUUAGCAAAUUGCUUUUUGGAAGAUUCUGGCCAUGUGACAUAUUCUUGUCAUCUCAGCAAAACUGAAAGCGAAAGACGAAAAUGCAUUAAUGAAAUGACUGAUCGUGCUUUUGGAGUCUACAAUGAAUUUUACACUCACACAUCUCACGUGUGUUUUUUUCUAAGUCACGAAAUUUGGCAAGCGGAAACAGAAACGACAAUUAAACAUUUAUACAAAGCGUCAACUCACAUGAAAGAACAAAUUUCCGAGGCGUCAAAAAUGCAAAGUGUAGUUUUAGAAAGGCAAAAAGAGGGACUUGAGAUGCAAAAUAAACUUCUUGAUAAUGGAUUUAAAUUAGAGGGUGUAAUACAAAAUUCUGCUGAAACUGUAAACAAUAUUGUCAGUGAUUUCAAAGAAUCAGCACGAGAUCAAAAGCAAUUGCUCUUUCAAAUAUUUUCCUAUAUUCGGACAUUUCAAAAUUGGAUUAUAGGAGAAGUGUCAUGGUUUCAAUCAAUUUUAUACUAUAUAAUCUCAUGCAUUUUUGCCGCUCUAUUUAGUGCAACGAAAAAGACACUAAAUUCCCGUAUUUCUCUCUUUACAAUAUUGAGUUUCAAUAUUAUUAUCGAGAGAAUGCUUGUUAAUUUUUACGCGAAUGAUGAAAAUAAUUUUCACGACGAUAAGAUUCAACUGUUACAUUCGACUUGGAUUGUUCGAAAAUGCGCUCUUUUACUUUGUUUCAUGUCUCUAUUUUACACAUAUUUUUCCUACAAGGAUGAACAAUUGGAGAAUUACAAAGUUUUACAGCGAAUUGAAAAUCAAUUGCAAGAUUUAAAUGAAUUAAAACCAAUGAAAACAACACACAUUCUUCGAUUCUCUGAACGUUUAGCAAUUAAACGCCUCUCAACCAGUUCUAAUAAUACUUCUAUUGAAUAAUAAUUCCCUAAAUUUUAAAAAUUUAAUACUUAAUAAUAACUUAAUGACAAAAAUAUUUUAAUUUUAAUUAAUUUUAAUUUCUAUUAAGGUUAACAUUUACUAAUGAUGAAAGUGAAUGAAAUAUUCAAUUAACAAUUGUAAAUAUAGAAA